AUGUCCGGUUGGCCGGACGGUCGGACUGAACGUGUGCCAUCGGUGGUCUGGUGCUUCGAGCACUGCAUGAAGUCGCAGCAGGAGCGUCUAAGGACGGAGCUCAAGCAAGCUGCAACAGUGUUUGGCUGCAGCUUCACAUGUCACAAAAAGUCGAUGGGUUUUCUUAGCUGGCUGGAGGGCAGGGAAGGACGGAUUCUGUUACUUGCAGACUGGCGAGAAGCGAAGCCCAUCAUGGAAGAACUCGGCAGACGCCAGGGACGCCAUGACAUUAUCGUGUGUGUGGUUGGUCAGUCAGACAAGAUGUUCCGCCGUGCUGUCGACUGGGCAACGAAGCAGGUAUCCGAGAUCGACAUCAUAGUAUCAUCCAGUUUUUCGCGCCAGAAUAUAGAGGAUCUGGUCGCGCGUCACUGGGAAAGGUCCAGCCAAGACCAGGCUGUGUGGGCCUCCUUGUCCAGGGCAUCGGCUUCCUCCUGGAGUCCCAGUGGUCCCAGGAGGGAUGGUUUGCCGAGUUUUCCGCCAGAACUUCGAGCCGACUCAGCUUACCAGGCCGAUGCAGCCCGCUUGGACAUUGACCAGGUCGCGAGUGUUGAGGAGAUUAGCUGA